CCGUUUUCCUAGCUGCGCCAACGGCGGGAUGUGUCUGAGCCAAACCUUAAAACACCAGACCAUAGCCCUGCAGAGAUCAAAAAGCCUUUUACAAGAACAGUCCACGAAAUGUUCAGGAUUACUUUCGCCUUAGUCCUUGCGACUACCUUUCAUUCCUCCUUGAGCCUUUCACGCCGAGCUCAAGAUGUUGUGUUAAACAAGAAAGAGGCUAAUUCAUUUUACAAACGCUUUUGGGACGAUGACAUCGACGAGGAAUGCUACGGAGAGAAAUCGUGCAGCUUUGAAGAAGUCGUCGAAAAGUACGGUCAUUCGGAACAGUCGUAUGAAUACUGGAACACGUAUCAUUGUAACACCUCUAAUCGGCGCUGUAAGGACGUCGCUUGCCGUGGUUAUCCAAUCGGAAUGGAGAGUGGAAAGAUCCCGGAUGAAAACGUCUUAGCUUCUUCGUGGCAGAAGCCUUUCCAUGCCUACCUACCGCAGAAAGGUCGUCUACACAAAGAUGACGGCGCGUGGUGUCCUAACACGCUUGGAGAAGUUGGCAAGGGGUAUUACCUUCAGGUGGAGUUUCCAGCUCGAUACAACAUCUGUGCAGUGGCUACUCAAGGUUCGCCCCUGCAUAAUACAGACUGGGUGAAAAAGUAUCGGCUCCAGUACUCCAUGGACGGGCAGAACUUCACCUUUUACACCGAAAAUGGGAAAGUAAAGGAGUUUUCUGGAAACACGAACGCCAAUGAAAUGGUAAAGAAUGAUUUAAGCCGACCAGUCACAGCGCACUUCAUUCGCUUUAUCCCAGUUGAGUGGAACUACAAGCCUUGUAUGCGUGUUGAGGUCUAUGGUGCAGCCAUCGCCUGUCCUUGGAAAACAAAGAACGACAAGUGCUGCGUGUUUCCAUUCACGUACAAAGGAAAGAAGUACUACAAGUGCAUCAUAGACUGGGUCUGGAUGCCAUGGUGCGCAACAACGUCGAACUUCGACAAAGACAAUGAGUGGGAGAACUGCCUUCCAAAAAGCAAGCAAUAAGAGGAGCCAUCACUUAUCUUCAGUGAAACGGGAACAUCAAGUAGUGAUAUAGCAAUACAGAAAAUAAAGAGACUGUUGAAGUGAUUCUUGAUAACCAUUAAUUUAGUGAAAAAAUUUUCCUAUCGGCUCAUUAACAACACCUUUGAUCAUUAAAUACAACUUUCCAGAGUGCAAUACCUAAUUUAUCAAAUAGCCCUGCAACUAAUGUUUCCCAUUCCAAACCGACAAAUGUGGGUUGGAGGAAUUCAAUUUGAAACGGGCUUCUCUUCGUGUUGCAAAGACGUUUACAUAAAAGCAUGUA